AUGGGAUUCCUCAGCGUCUAUAAACGACUGAUCUUUUUGCUGUUGGAGGAGCUCUUAUGGAGAAGGUUUGUGGGCGGAAACACGGAAUACAAACAGCUCACAGCGAGCGUGAUGCAGGCUCAAAUGCCGACGGAAGCCUCGGACCGACUCGCCUGUACGGAAUCUUCCGCGGUGGGGGUUUUGCUGGCGUUCUCAAGAGGAGGAGCGUUUUCCCCUGUGACCCCGUUUCCGUCGUCAAUGAAGGUCACACAGAACGAUCGAUGGUUUCGACACCUGGACACGAGAAAUAGUGCAUGUUCCAUUAGUGUGUUUGUACGCGGCUUGCCUGCAAGACGCGCUCCCGCAUUUCUAGCGACCCGACGCGACUUCGGCAUUUCCCUUUUUCUUUCACAGCGGUCUGGGACCCAACGUUCAAACAGGGGUAAAGCUGCUCACCACACUUUGCCGUUCAUUUCAACUUUGAGCCCGAGACUUCCGUGA